AUGUCGGCGUUCAAUCUCAACGAUGAGCCGGAUCAAAACAACAAAGUCAAGCACAGCACGUCGAUGCCCAAUAUCGCUGUGACGACCGCCAUUUCCGUAAGUGCUACAUAGUACUGAUACUAUUUUCAUUAAAGUUAAAAAACUUGGCUGUUGAUUUUUGGGUUUUGAUCGUGGAGGGAAGGGGAGUGGUCAAUAUUUUUGGUCUCAACUCAACAGGAUAGGGGGGGGAGGGCUUGUUCAAAUUUAUGAAGAAAAAAUUUUGGGGUAUGAUUAAAAAUUUCAUUUCAGGACAGCGACACAAAACUGACACAACAAGAUCAACCGUCAGCAAAUUUGCCCGUUCAACCGCCACCUCCAGCCGAGCCAUCCACAGCAAAGAAGCUCGAAUCACCAAAAGAGCCCCAGCAAAUUCACCCCGCCCUUCAGCCAAACAAAAAACGAAGGGUGAUAUUGCCAGCGGAACAGAUCUUCGGAAACAGUAUACCAAUAACGGCCAUAUUGAGGAAAUGUCUACCUAUUCAUGCCUAUGAGCCAUUGGGGAUUCUGCAGGUAGGGAUUUGAAGUUCUUUGAAUUAACAUGACUUUCAAUUUGAAAAAAAUUUGGGGGUGGAUUUUUUCUUCAAAAAUUUUUUUGAAAGUUAACAGGAGGGACUGUUUCACAAAAAAUAAUUUGCAGAGUGCAUGCGAAGAGCUCCGCUUCGCCGGACAAUUCCUGGAUCGCUUAAAGCGGAUCGAAGAUCCGGCCGAUCGGAUGUGCAUUGUAGCCGGCUUCAUAAUCAGCGGCUACUCGGGCAUGGCCUACCGCAACCGCAAACCCUUUAACCCUCUCCUGGGCGAGACAUUCGACUACAUAUCGGACGACGGCUGGAAGUACCACGCCGAACAGGUGUCCCAUCAACCCCCGAUGUCGGCGUGCCAUGCGGAUGGCGAUGGCUGGGAAUGGGCACAAACCCUGCAUGGUACAAUUACUCCCAGUUUCGAUGGCAGUACCAGUUUACGGUGUCUGCUGCCUGUGCGGUUAUCGUUGAGUAAUGGAGAGGAGUACACUUGGAAUAAGGUAGGGUAAUAUUAACAAGAUGAGAUCCAGUAUAUAACUUUGCUAUAAUGUCCUAAAGCAAUAUAAACUAAUUUCAAAUUUUAGGUAACAACGAUUAUCCAAAACGCUCGAUCAGAAGCGGCGAAACGUAGGGUCAAGAACGAGGGUGAGAUGGUCGUGCAGUGUACGAACGGGUACGAGUGCCGUAUGUUAUUCACGGGUGACAAGAACAUUCGAGGCGAGAUCAAGAACGCCCAAACCAUGGCUUAUCGACUGGUCGGACAAUGGGACAAGGGACUCAAUAGGUAGGGUCAGGGGGUGAAUUUGGUCAAAAUUUUUACGCGGGGGGUGAUUUAAAAAAUAUUUUCUUUGAAACUAAAAUUUUUUUUCAGAAUCCUCCUCCCCUCAAACGAGCAAGAACGCCUCUUCAAAGCCCCACCCGCAUACGAGUUGUCCUCCAAGUACUACGGCUUCAACAAGUUCACGUUAGGCCUGAACGAACUCACCCCCGAACAGAAACCCUUCGUUCCCCCAACUGACAGCCGCCUACGCCCGGACCAGCGUUUCCUAGAGCACGGCGACAGCAAACGUGCCCACGAAUCCAAAACUUUGCUGGAAGUGGCGCAACGCCAACGUGCCCACCUCCCACAUACUCAAAUGUGGUUCAGCGAACGGAACGACCCCAUCACCCAGAAGAUGUUGUGGUUCUCGAAUGGCAAGUACUGGACCUCGAAGCAGAACAACUUCAAAGAUGCGAAUUCGCAAAAGAUGCUACCAUUGUUCUACACUGAGUAA